UGUCAGAUCUAGAAACUAUUCUUAGCAGCGCAAUACCUUACAAAUUACAGAAGUGAUGUGGUUUUAGAAGUCGGCAAAGUUUUGAACGUAGGAAGCUGCUGCAACACUUGACUGUUUACUGGAUGCAGAAUAAUUUAUUUUCCAUAGAAGUUGUAACGAAAAGCAUAAACUGAUGUGGUAAAACAAUCUCAGACAUAACCGUCUGAGGCAUAUGGAAAGAAUCUCAGAGUAACACAAAACAGAGAGAACUUCUUAAGGGGUGAACUGAACAUUUUACGGGAUUUGUCUAACUCGGUGGAUGUCAAAACUGCUACAAGACUUACAUUAGAAUGUCUGACACAUCUAAAGCCCAGGCAGACAGCGCUACUGCUGUGACAUCUGAUGAUAAAGCAGACGUGAGUGCUGUAAUGUCAGAUUCUACAGCAGAUGUCAGUGCUGAUGUUCCGUCUGUCAUGAUCUCCAGUGCUGGGCUACCUGCUUCUUCAGAUUCCAACCGGGAGAAAGAGCAGCAGGCAUCAGUAAAAGAGUCUGAGAGUGAGAAAGGGAUUAAAGAUGAGCAAGGGGAGGGUGAGAAGAUGCUGCUCAAUCCACUUGCACCAGCAGCGAGUCAGGCUCCUGUGAUGGCCACCUCAUCGUAUAUUGAUCUCAAUGCCCAGCCCAGCAUUGCAAAAGUUAGCAGCUCUCACGAUCUGGUGUUUGAAACAAAGAAGAAAAAAAGGAAAGUUGAUGUCGAUCCAAAUUGUCAUUCUGUGACGUUUACCGUUAAUAUUGCCAUGGCAGUACCAACAGACUCACUAGGAAAGUCAAGAAGAAAACAUACCCAACGUGCUAAGAAAGGUGCCAUCAAUGCGGACGUGGACCUGCAGCAGGACACGGAUGACCAGGCGAGGAAGAAGAAGCGUGUGAUGGAGGCGCCGCGGGCCCAGAACUACUACCACCUGGAGUACGUGCUGCUGCCUGACGAUGACGACCUCACCAAGACCGACCUCGUCACCUACGGCAUGGCCGCCAAGAUCUACAUGGAACGGCACGACGCACGCGUCAUCAAGACCUGGGUCGACGGGGAGGUCACAUGGGUCGCCUGGGCCAACAGCCACACCCUGACAGUGACAAGAGAAGUUUUGCUGCAGAUGUUCAACCACCGCCUGGAGGUGCGGGUGUGGGACACCAAGGACAAAGUCUCCACGCGAGCUCGCUUCGACAGACCCAAGGCUUUCAGACUGCCCCACGGAAAACCUGGUGAGGAUGCUGAUGAAAUUGGUGGAGUUAAAGGCUUGGUACUAAAACAGAUGAAUAGCUUCACAAAAAUACAGCCAGCAAAAGCAGUCGCGGUACGACCUCUACCGACAUUAAUCACAUUUCCCAAAGACAACAUGCAUAGACGAAAAGGCUAUGAAUCUAAAGUAUCCAAGGAUCAGAAGCAACCGUAUUCGCCUCCAAGCAACAAGCGGGAGAAGAGCCCGCAGUCUGCUGCUAGUCCGAGGAGUCCGCGUGACAGAGACACGUUGACGCCCACGCCAAAGGUUCUAAAGGCCAUCAAACUCAAGAAUUCUUGUGGUCAGGAUGUAAGAACCUUCAGCCGACUAGGUAACUUGGCAGGGGCUGAGCGACCAACCAACUCCAGCAAAGGAUCAAAAGGGAGCCGAAAUGAGGAGCGACGUUCCCAGUCGUCUAAGAAGUCGAGUAAAUCUCAUAAAUCACACCCAAGUCCGUCGCGGCCCGAGUCAAUACUUCGUUCUGUAGAGUCAGAGACGUCUAUGACCAAACUGCAUAAGGAAUUAUCAAAGAGGAAAGUUGAUGCCGAGGCCCAUGCGGCCGUGGAACAUGCCAAGGUUAAUGGAGUGUGCAGUGUACCCAUUCGGAUGGCGAUGCUGUUUUCAGGUAUGAGGUGUCUGACUGGCAGGCUGGACAAGCCUGUGGUGGGUAUCGAGGAUAUGUUCGUCACCGUCAGCCUUGACGGGCCACUCAUGUCCGACCAGCAGAAACAGGACCUGAACCCAAUGAUUAUCAAACUGAUCUCUGCCACAGGCCUUCCUCAGACGCCCAUUUCGUACGAAGAACUGCGAUUCAAAUGCCACCCGGUGUACUGCAAGUACACAUUUCACCAACAGCCUGAGCAUCUGACUAGUGGCAAGGAACAUGACAGGAACAUCUACUGGGACGACAUCAAUGUGGUGCUGCUGGGUACGAUGGAACCCAGACAGUUGAAGGAAUACCUAAACGGCCCAGCGAUGGAGAUAGAGGUACACGACAGGGACCGGAAGGAAGAGGAAGUGAGCCUGAAGCCGACACUGUUCGGGGACGAUCUGGAGGAUGAGAAGAUCAGUAACGUUGGAACGGUCGCCAGUAGGAGGACUCUCUAUAACCCUUUCGAAGGUCGCGACAAGCCGUGGGAUCCGUACGGCGUGGCAAGACUUGACUUGUCAGAACUGCUGCUCGGCCACCACUUGCUGUACAUGAAGGUGCCCAUACACAACUGUCUGAUCCCUGACGUGCUCGGGCAGGACGGCAAACACGACGGCAAACUGAUCGGCAUCUCGGGAGCUGUGGACGGGCCAGUUGAUCGUCCUCUUUUAGCUGGUCACUACUUCAAAGCCAGCUCAUCUCUAAAGGUCAAAGUUGAACUGUCGUUUCCUUUGACCAAUCCUCAGCCUUUUGCAAUCCAGCUGUAUGCAUUGACGAAUCAGUGUCCAUUUGGCCGAAUAGUGUUUAUAUUUGAUUACAAAAAUGUGAAGCUGCUACACAAGCUACAGAAGAUGAUCACCGCAAUCAACGCCCAUUCUCUGGAGUUAGACGACAUGCCGGAUCAUGUCAUUGAUGCAGCUCUCUCCACCUACAAACUAUCUGAUAAGCAGAUAAGCAGUCCGAGUCUGGAUAUUAUCACAGGAUUCCAAGUGAUGGAUGGAAGUAUGCACAUGUAUGUCCUGGAGGGCUUGAUUGACAAGGCUGUUCACCUUCUCUGGGAGGCACUGCCACAGCCAGAAAAUGAAGAUGUAAGGGUGCUUUUCAACUCGGACGUCAGCUUCAGCUCCAGGCUAUAUGGACCGCUGGAUGUCGACUUGUGUCGUAUCAAGCUGCACGAACCCCUGUCUAUAAUCACUGAACAGUCGCUCCUGUAUGUCAGAGACAUGGUUCCAAAACCCUGCUUCCAGGCUCUCGUCAAACUGAAGGAGCUGAGCACGAUGAAGACCCUGAAGGAUGCGGUCAGAAACGACGUUUUCCCUACAACUGAGAUGAUUAUUUCUAUGAGCAGAGAGUUUGGUGUGCCUCUCACAGUUAAGGACUUCGAAGAGCUACAAGACAUGAGUGACAAGCUGCCCGUACUGUCCUCCGAGAAGCUAGUGUCUCGUCCUCAUACCAGUCGACAGUGGACCCCCAUCGACAACUUCAACGAAGAGUUCCUCAAACGCAUCGGCGAGCGGAAAAACACGUCACCAGCCAGCAAUUUCAUCAAGGACAAUAUUGAUGAUGUCCAUGUACACAGCAUCAAGAACCGACAGGACCGCGAGAAGACAAAACCAGUGAUGGUACAAGUGGACGCAAACCCUGCUCACAAUUACAGCACGCAGAGACUCAAUACUGGCGUGUUGGCUGCGGAGAAAAUCAGGCUGAUGUUGGCUCAGAAUCCCGACACUCGCUACACCUACUCACAGGCCUACAACAACAUGACUGUGAUUCCCGUGGACCCGGAGGAGUUCAGGAAAGAAGAGCUUGAGAAUAUGAGGAGCCGGUGGCGAACCGACAGCGGCUUCAUCUACCCCGGCAAGAAGACGAUGAUCCAGAGCAAUGUCCACCCGGACAAGCCCGAUGACGCCAGGCUGGAAGAGCUCACUUACCCAUGGAAAGAGAAUAUCCUGCAUGUGAACAUCUUACAGUCUCCACUGAAGCGUGAACGAUUCCCAUGGGACUAUCGCCACCAUGACAUAGAGCUCUACCGUCGACCUCUACCUGACUUUGGUGUUACCCAGCCCAUGACCAUUCACCUAGCCGGAGAGAAACUCCGACAGGAGAAACUGCAGGAGAAACUGCAGGACUUGAAAACGUGGCAGUCGAAGAUCGUCGUGGACGACACGGCACAUCACGUUCACAGGGUUCUCCCCGAGACGGAAAUGAGAGACCGGGGGUUCUACUCCAGCAACCAGAUCGACCGGCUCCAGGGACUGCUCAAGGAUCCGCCCAUCAAGCACACACUCUGCAAGCCGGGUCUCGUGUUGAGGAAAAUCCCACCACUGAAUGUCGUGCUCAACCCGAAGGUGGACACCGACGCCCGGGCUGAGGGUCUGCCACUGUUUUCGGCUGUCAGGGGGGAGGAGGUGGAGAAGACAAGAGGGUUCAAGCCCGGUCCAUUCAUCACCAGGAGUUGGCUGAUGGAAAACAACAAGAUCCCAGCGGUGGAUUACGAGCAUGGCAAGUUAAUUAAACUGAAAGGCAAAGAUUUCAAUUUGUACAAUAGAGAUUGCCAGUACCUUUUUAAACGCAACAUUGAGCCUUUAUCAGAGGAAGAUCGGGACAAUCACCUGUUCUAUGCUGUACCAGCAGACAGCGGAAAAUCAGUUGACAGCUUCAACGAUUCUGGAAUUGUGCCCGACAUGGCUGAAAGGUCAUACACACAACCUGCAUUUGGUAGUCCCUCCGAUGUGACCUUGACCUGCACGUCCCCCGAUCUGAAGCCCUAUACACAAGGCAAGAAGCUGCUGGAUUCAGUGGCUUGUUAAUACAUGGAUGAUCUUAGCUGGUGAUGUGUAUCAGUGUCAUUUUAGUGUCGAGCAUAUCUGUGAUUUUUUUGGUGAUUUUUUACAGUGCCUGAACCUUACAUAAUUAUAGUGUUUGUGUUUUAACAGUUGAGAAGUUUUGAUCUCACCAUAUGAAUAUUAGAUGACACAUUUUUAAUGCAGGUUACAAAACCUUCAGCUGAGGAAUGAAAAACAAAAAUGUUUUCUUUAAUUUACUUUGAUACUAUGAACACUACAAAUCCAUUUGCUCAGACCAAGCUACGAGGCUGUUAUUAACAAGGUGUGUGUGGAUGUAUUGUGUCAGUUACUUUAAUUGCAGGGUCUCUUUACAAUUGAGAUGAUUUACACGUGUUUAUGGGCAAUCCCUGUUUAUAUUUAAACUGAAAACUUGACAAUGUUUUGUUUUGUUUACAAAAUCCCUACUGAAACCAGUAUUCUGUCUCAAGUAAGAUCAUAACAUUAAUGCAUGUGCCUUGAGUUCAUAAUGUCUCCCAAAAAAAGAAAAUUAAUACUCGUUCACAGAAAGCAAAUCCCUAUUCAAAUGCUGCCAGUUAGUUGUACAUCUAAAAACCUUAUGAAUUUAACUUUGACACUUUUUGACAGACAUUUUUUCGAAUUAACAUAAUACUAUUUAUUUUAUUGUUUGGGAAAUUUCUGACUCAUCUUGACAAUUUACCAUGUAUUGUUUACUCCUGACUGUUUGACAAGUUUAAAAAAAAAAAUACAGAUGUUUUUUCAGUGAUAUUUAUUAUGUUUCACUGUAUUAGGAUCACAUUACAAUAAUGAUUUUAUGCAGUCCAUAUCGAUAUGUUUUUAUAUUAUUUUAUUAUUGUUAUUAUUAUUAUUAUUUUAUUUUAUUUUAUUUUAUUUUUUUAAAUUAUUCACAUGCAUACUGAUGACCCAAAAUAAAGAACAGUGACAUUUUAUUCAUGUCUGAACAUAAUCUCCAUAUUUUAUUCGCUGUUGUUUACUUCUGCUGUUUUUGAAGAACUACAUUUUCUUGAAUUGCAUAAAAUUAAUUUGAAGCUUUCAAACACUAUAAGACCAGAAACAUGCUGUAUUUAUCAAAAUUGAAAAGUUAAAUAAGAAGUUGUGUAAGUAAUCUAUAUGUAACAAUUAAAAAGGUUGUAAUAUCCAACAACAUUAUACAUGUACACUGCCUAAUUAUGAACAGUGCCUUUAAUAUAAAAAUGUGCACAUGCAGUAACUAUGAACUUUUUUCAUGAUGUUUGUGAUUGUUGAUACACAUGUACCUUCCUAUUUGUUUCUUACUGUGUCUGUACAUUUAACCUUUCCCCAUACAGUCAUUGAACCACAGUUCCAAGCCGUGGCCUUUCGUUUAUCUUAUAGUUUAGGUUUCAGUAGAUACUAUAAAAAUGUAGCAUUACUUCUCAUUGAAAUGUGAAAACCAAAGCAUUAAAUAUUCUGUUACUUUAUAAUUACAUUACUGUUGAUUAUCCAGAACCCUGUUCCAUCAAAUUAUAAUACUAAAAACCCAGCCAACCGGACAUCAGUUUUUGGCAACAUUUGUCUUUGCUUUGUUUCACAUAUGAACAAUAAAAAUGUUCAAAGUGAGAAACAUUUUGUUUAAUGGUUUUUCCAAGACAGAAUGUGCAAACCAAAUAUAUCUCUGGCGCCAGAAUAAGAUGAAUGAGUCUCUUGUGGCAAGAACAAUUAUAUUUUUACAAUUAAGACUGCUGACCAACUAUUUUUGUUUUGUUUUGAUGUGCACUUGUUAAUGAAUAUGCAUAGUGAUUAUUAUGUGAUACUUAAUGCUGCUGUCUCCCUUGUUUGUUUAAUAUAUACAAGUCAUGUGUAUUGUUAAAAGAUAUUUUUUAUAACAAUGUAAAAUAAUGUUUUAAUAUUUGUUUGAUCUCAUAAUGAAAACCAGGAAUAUAGCUUAACAUGUUUUUGAGUGUAGUAACUUAGUUUUGCCGGAUUAAAUGCAUCACUUGUAAUAAGUUAUACAGGGGAGUCAUUUUACAGCUUUUUUUUAUUUUAAUUUGAUAAUUUGUAUAAAAUAAUUUUUAUAGUUAUGAUGUAAAAUGCUGAAGAGUUACCUUUAUUCAAGUGUGGUGUAGAAUUUUCAGCUUUUUAAAUACCAUUUCAGUUUUUAUGAUUAAAUUCCUGUGUCAUAUUAAAAGCUAUAUUUGACAAUCUCAGUUAAGGUUUUAGUUUUUGAUAAGGAGUUGGUGUACUGGAUUGAAUGCUUGCUAGCUGUGAAUAAAAUAAAGCUAUAAAGAUAAACACACUAAGAUGUUAGUAAUAACUGAAUGACUGGCCUCAGUGGUGUAAUGGUUAAUCCAUCAGGUUCAGGGCUGGUAGGUGCUGGGUUCGAUUCCCAGUACCAGUCCAAGAAAGUAUUUAACAGCUUGCUGGAAAUGUGUAAAGUCACCACAUCGACUUCUCUCCAUAAACAGUAACCACUGUUCUGGACAGACAGUCCAAAUAUCUGAAGGAAUUUGUAGCCAGAACAGCACGUUUUAACGUUAAUUUGGUAUUAACAUGGUGUAGGGUGGGGUCUUGUUUAUUUAACAUGAGUGUUGUCUGAUUGCCUGUAAUAAUGUUUAGUGUAUAUCUUGUAAUAUAGCAAUGUACAUAAUUAUGUCUGUAUUUAUUUUGUAUAUUUACUUUUUUGUUCCAUUUUAAUGGACAAACCAAAUCUGUGGUACAGAGCUGCUGAAAUUGUACAGUAUUCGACUAAUGUAUAUUUUCGUGUGUCUGUUGUUAACCUUCUCCGUCGCUGCAUCAUAGGACAGUCAUUGUUCCAUGUGUAUCGUGAACCUUAGGUGGGGACUAUACACAAAACUGACUUUUUCACAUAUCUUGCUUAUUAUACAAUAUUACAAUAUCAUUUCGCAAAAUGUAUACAUUGAGUUGUGAGUGCUAUAUUGUAAUAUAAACUUGCCAAAUUUGUUACCUUUUCAAGGUUAAAUUUAAAUUUGUAGAUAGCUAAAUUCUACUCAACCUGACUGCUGUACCAUACAUUAAAGACAUUUUAAAGCUUAAAAUGAAAAUAAUCUUUAAAUGGUUAUUGUUUUUUUAAAAACUUACAAAAACCCAUUAAAAUAUAGAUUGCUUCAUAAUAAAAAGACCUGUAAGUGACCAGCCAGUAACUUGAUAUGAAUUAUUAAAACAUGGUAAAACUUUUUUUGUAUAAUAUUAUAUUUGUUUGACAUUUAUAAUGUGACUUUCAGUAUUCUGAAACGUUUCCCCCUAAUCAGAAAUCUUAUUUGCUGGUGCAAGUAUAAUGAUUAAGUUUUAUAUUUUGGUACAAUAAAAAGAAUAUCACUGGACCUUUUGCUUAAAAAACCCACAAACCUGUCUAUAAUAGAACUUCUGUAUGUUAACCAGUGUGUGUGUGUGUGGUUGGUUGGUUGGUUGGUUGGUUGGUUGGGUGUGUGUGUGUGUGUGUGUGUGUGUCAGUGAGUGUGUGCAUCCGUUUGUGCAUGCAUGUACACGUAUUAUGCAUUUUCAUGAUUUUUGUGCUUUUGUUUACGUUUUUACUAAAGUAAUGAAUGUUGGUUUGGAAGACAGGGUCAUCAGCAGUUCCACUAACAUAACAAAAAGAAAUAUCUUCCACUCUUUGUUUAUGGACUAUGCCCAGGGCAGUGGAUUUAAAACACAAAUGAUUAUUAAUAUAAGCUUAGCUGCCUCGUGAUUAACAGUUUCUCAUGUAACUCGUAUAAAAUAUCAUUUAUGAAUGUUUAGAUAUACAGUUUUUAUGUCUCACAUAUAGAUGGUCUCAUUAACUGGCUUCAUGGUGGACUAUUAUAAACACUAAUGCAAUAAAUAGUUUACCUGUGACUUUUGACUUAAUUAUUAUACAAAGCAUAUCUGAAUGGUUUUAGUCUACUACAAUAUCAAGUGGUCAGAUACAGGUGUUAGUUUGUGUAAGUGAGAUAUUUAAUUCAAUAAAAUCCUUUUAAAAAUUUAAUAUUAGUAUUUUAUAAAAUAUUUUAAAAUAUAAAACAUGUAAAUAGAUGAACUUGUGAUACUGGCAUUGGUACUUUAAAUAUAUACGUGUGUACUUUUAUUCAGUUUAGUGUUGUUGUAUAAGAAUGUAUUAUUUAUAAAUAUAUUUUAAUGUGUGCUUGAUUAUCACUAACUUUAUUAUUUCAAGUUUGGGCAGAACUAUUGUUAUUUUAUCCCAGUGGUAAAACAAUGUUGCUCAAAUAUUCAAUAAACUUUACACAAUGCAUGUUGUAUGUACUUGGUACCAAACAACACAAUAACGGAUUUGGUCAAUUAUUGAACCCCCCAAUUCUCAGCUUUACAUAUACACGAAGUCAAUAAAGUAUUAAAAGAUGACAGAAAAUAUC